ACGGGAACAGUCCCGCGGCGCCCCGUCUCGCUUCGCCCUUGGUGUCAACUAGCGCCCCGGCAAAUUUCCCAGGUUUACCAGCUCACCAUGAUGAGGUCUGCAGCAUUGGUGCCUGGUUGAGGAGUAGGAUCAAGUUCAUUGUUUUCUAACGAUGACUGUCAAACAUUUAGGAAGCUAAAGAAUGACACGGAAGAGAAAAUUAAGUGAUGUGGAUGCUGUUGAUGAAGCCUGGGAUGGAGGGGAGUUGGGUCACCAGCCUCCUGAUGGAGUACUGCAGGAAGAAGGGAUGUUUGCACCCACCUUGGUAGCCAGUCAAGCCCAUGAGGCACACACAAGUGGAGUGAUUGAGGGGAACACUGUCCAGCAUCAUCCAGGAAGCAUAGGAGCAGCCAUGGCCUACAUAUGUGAACCAGUCAAUGAGAUGGUGGAUGACCCAGAUGAUGUGGCCAGCCAGAUCAGUGUGAACCAAGGCAGAACAGCGAAGGCCAAGAAGAGGAUCUCUGCAGCACGACUCAAAAAUAUCUCCAUAGCCUGUGAAUGGAACAUGUGUACUUCUGUCUUCACCAAGGUGGAGCGCUUCAUCGCCCACGUAACAGAACACCUUGUAGCCUUAGCAGGUCCUGUAUCUGGUGAUGGUUUCCUGUGCUACUGGAGGGAAUGUGACUUUGCUUGCAACUCAAAGGAUGAAAUGGAUCGACAUGUUUAUUUCCAUGCUUUCCAUGGCAAAAUCAAAAGCAUUGGUUUGGUCUUGAUGGAAGAGAGGAAUGAAAAGUGCAUCUUGGAUUCCUCAGGCCGCAACGUGAUACCAGAAAUACCAGAAUUUUUCCAGUGCAUGUGGGAGGACUGCGAUGUAAGAUUUGCUUCAGCUCAUGAUUUCUAUUGCCAUGUGCUGAGCCAUGUAAGAAAUACUGAUGGAAUGAAUACAGACAAGAUGUUUUUAUGUGCUUGGGAUGGUUGCACUUCAUCAUUCACUCUGAGGGUUCGCCUCAGAGAUCAUGUCCGCAGUCACACUCAAGAGAAGAUUGUGGGAUGUCCAAAUUGUGGAGGGAUUUUUGCUUCCAACACAAAAUUCUUUGAUCACUGCACCCGACAGAUGCCCCUGGAGGCUCAGCAGUAUCAGUGUUCCCAUUGCUCAAGAAGAUAUGCCAAUGAGAGAUUGCUUCGUGAUCAUGUGCGUCAUCACAUCAACCAUUAUAAGUGUCCAGAAUGUGACAUGACAGUGCCAAACAAGUCAGCACUGGCAGCCCAUGUGCGUUACCGCCACAGGAAGGACAAGCCACACAAGUGUAUGGAGUGUGGACGAGGGUUUACAGUCUUGACAGAUGUGACCCGCCACCUCUCAGUUCACUCCACUGAGCCGGCUUACAGCUGCCCCUUCCAAAAUUGCACAUACAAAUCCCGCUCAGUGUCAUCCCAGAAUAGGCAUAUUAGAAUGGUUCACAAUGGGCUGCAGAAGCAUCAUUAUGCCUGUCAUGUGUGUGACUCCAAGUUCAGCAUUUCAGACAGCCUCACCAAGCACCUUAUCAAGAUCCACAACUAUGAGUGGCCAGUAGGACACACACGAUUCAGGUACAAACAGGAUGAGGAUGGAUUUUACCGGCUGCAAACAGUUCGAUAUGAGAGCAUCGAAUUGAACCAGGAGAUGAUGAAUGAGGGAGAAGAGCUUGAGAUUGUGGACUCCCCAUAUGCAUCCACAGCCCUCUCCUCUCCUGUUUCCUACAGCAGCAGUCAGCUCACUCCCAGGGAGACAGCAGGGCAGGGGAACUUGAAGAAUGAGGAUGGGCACAACCAGGAUCCACAGCAUCCCCUGGAGAUCAUAGACACAGAAAACAGAGCCGCUGAAUACCAAGAAGUUAUCAUGCCCUCACAGCAGCAACCACGGGGCAAAAUAAAGACAAAGGGCAUUGAAUACCAAGAAAUUCUGAUGCCUGCACAAUUUUAGUUUUUGGCUUUCAUUAAACUUUGCUCUAUUUACUUGUUUUGUGAAUAAGUUAAGGCAUGCUUAUGUUAGAACAUUGUGAAGUAGUUCAUUGUAUUCAUGUGUAUUAUGAGUUAGUGAAGCUUUACAUGUUUCAAUGAAGCAACAGAGCAAGCAGCAUUGUGUAGAAAUUACUUAACAACUGGCCACAUCCAUGUCAGUAAUCAAGGAGUGGCAAAAUGUCGUAUAGCAUACAUUAAAGCUUAUGAAAAAGACAUCUAUAAAGGAAGCAUUGUCACUUUACUACAUGAUGUGUGAAAAAGAUAUUAGACAAGGCAGUGCUUCUUAGCUGUUCACAGCAAUACUAGAGGAAGUUUUGAAGAACUUGUCAGAGAGAGAAAUAAGAUUGAAAAUCAAUGAAGAAUGCCUAAGUUGCCCCAGGUUUACUAAUAUUGCUCUGAUGAGUCAGUCUACAAAGUUACUACAUAGACAGUGGGAGUGUUCAUUAAUUAAUAUAACCAGUUAUUAGAUUUUUCUCUGUGUAAUGUAUGUAAACUGGUGUAUAAAGCACCCAAAUUCAAAUUGAAAAUUUUUUCAAGAAAACAAACAAGUUAAGGCUUAAAUAAUAUCAAGGCUCAGGAUGCAAAAUGUAUCACUUUACAAAUUCUUACCAGUAGUUUUGAAUGCCAUAUGUCAAUAUAUCAUUAAAAUCAAAUCCACUUCACAAGGAGAUUCAUAUUGUAGGAACAGAAAUAUAGAGGAGGGAUUCUCAAUUACCUCACUCCACCUCUUUCAUACAUCUGUUAUGAGGGGUUUGGGAGGCUUCGCAAUAAGGUGUUGAACUUGUAGCUGAAGUGUUGCAAGUUCAGUCCCCAUGUAGAGCAGUUGCUUUGGCCAGAGGAAUGGUGCUCUGUGGAGCCAGCCUAUGACCGUUACUGUGCGGUAUGCUUUUACCAUAGUGCUCAGUAUCAUGAGCUCAGGUGUUGAGCACAUGAUAUUCUUUAUUCAUAAAAAAAUAUAUAUAUAUUUACCCAAUUAAAAAAAAAAAGAAAAAAUAUGCAAGAAGAAUUCUGAUAUCUCCAGGACAACCAUGCAGUGUGUGGCCAGGCCAUAUUCUCUGCCACAGGGAAUUUUGCUAAGUUUUAAUAAGCUUUUAGGUAUAAUAUAGUAUCAAUUCAGUGGUAGCAUUCCCAGUUGCACAGAUAUGCAGUACCAGUACAAGACAGCUAGCAUGGUGGUUGAUGCUUGUUAACUUGAUACCUGAUAUUGAUAGUGAGACUUUUGUAUUAUCUGAUGUAAUUAUAUCUGAUAUCAAACCUAUGAUGAUUUAUAUGCCCUCUAUGUCCCAAAGAAUUGCAUAAAAUGCUUAAUAUGUGAUGAUUUCCCUAUAUUUUAUAUUCAUGCAGGAAGAACCUGGUUGCUUUUGGUGCCUCAAACACAAGUUUCCACCAUCAGCCAGAUAAAACCUUCAGAAAUGCUACAAAUAAGAAAUAGUUAUGUGGUGUAUAUGCAUGUUCUGUCUACUUUUACACAUCAUUUAUUAUGAAUUAUGUGAAGACAUGUUAUUCAUGCUUGGAAAAUAGGGUAACUUUAUGUAUCUUCAGGACAAACAUUCUUCUGUCCUCAGUGAAAUGUUUUCCUCAACACUUGCUUGUAUAUGUAAUAUGUGUAUGUGUAUAUUAUUGAAGUUAAGAGAGAUAAAAUUCCUUUAAAGUGCAAAAUUAUGACAGGUAUUAUUAAAUUAACCACAACAGAGGUGAAUGUUUGUAGAUUUCAAGUUUAUACUGAAGUGUACAAUAAGGUAGUUUGGAGUUGUGUUUUAAUCCGGACGUCUUUGUUCCUCUUGAGUAUUUGGUAUGUAUUAUAUGAUUCAUUAAAGGGCUUUUGAUACUC